AUGUCAAACUUGGAAAAAAAUCUUACAUUUAAAGAGACAAAAAUGAAUAUAAUAACAGUUUUGGAGUGCAAACCAAUUAUGAUAACCGAGCUGGAAACGCUAUACCAGAAAUUGUUUGAUUGCCGGAUCGGAUGGCAAGAGCUCGGGUUCGAUUCCUUGCUUGACCUGCUGUACAACAUGCAAGAUGUCCUGUCUAUUUGCGGUUGUUGUUUCAGUGAUGGAAACGCCGUGAAAGUGAAAGAAAAUUAUUCGGAACCGUUUGGUCGCAGUUUAGAACGACGAUCGAGUUAUGCAGGGAGAGCAAGAUUCGGCGGUGGAGGAUUUCGCGGUCAAUCUAGCAGGGGUAGGAGGGAGUAUGCAGGGAACAUCUGGGACUCAUCCCACUGGCUGCUUAAGGUUGACGGGUUAUCUGAUGACGUCGAUGAGGAUGACCUCAGUGAACUGUUCAGUGAAUUUGGCUGCCUGCGUGUUGUCAUCAAACGAAAGAUUGAAGAUUACAAUGAAGCCUGUGAUGCGUUCAUCAAGUUUGACCUCCAGGACUUCAAAGGCGGCCAACUUAACGUACAAUUCGAUAGAAACUCCAUGGCUAGGAAUCAGAUGGGGGUGGUUGGCAGACGAGAAAGAUACGACCCAUCCAUGCUAAAGGUAUUAAGUGAUGUUUGCAUGGAUAGGAAGACCUACGAAAGAAUGUUCGCGGAGACGGGGAUGUCGUCUGCUGCGUCUUUUGAAGAUUUGCCGCGCGAAUUAGAGCUGUUUGUCUUUGAAAAAACUGAGGAUGAAUUCUUCUGGGCUGCUGUUGCCAACGAAGAAGAAAAAUUUUUAAAAAAUUUUCGUAACUUUCAAACGUUACUUGAUGCGAUAAAUGUGGAUGACCUUGUUGAUCUUGUGGCAAAUGAGAAGAGGUGCUGUGCUAACUACCAAGACACUCUGUGCAGAGCGUGGAUAAUGAAGGAAUGUUCAAAUAGCGACAUGUUUGAAAUAUUUUACGUGGAUUACGGAACGAAAGAAUUGGCCAUGAAAAAAGAUCUGAAGAUGUUACCAGAAGACCUUUGGAAAGAGGCACCAUUCGUUCUACCAUUUUAUUGCCCUGCGAGAUUUUUAAUAAAUGAUUGGUUGAGAAGAGCUGAAAUAAGUUCAACAUACGACGACGAUGAUAACUGCUCGUUAUCUCUCACCAUCAAAGACCAGCCGAUCAAAAAGAACAAUACAAGUAUCAAAAAGACGACAAAACCAAAGAAAAAUGACACCACUAAUUCUGAUUCAAUCAAUGAUUUUGACGAAGAUUCAAAACCGGAAGCUAAUGGAGGGAGUGAAUUCGUAUUCUCGGCUGUAGACCACUUCAUAAACCAAAAUAAAAUCGUCAAAGACGUCUUUUACAAAAUUUUGAAGCAUAGCAAACCGAGCAAUCCGUCUUUAAAUAUGGAGAGGAGGCACGCUUUGAUACAAUCUCGAAAAGAAGAGAGAGAGCGAGAGAUGGAGAGAAAGGAGGAAGAACUAAGAAGAAGGAAUGAAAUAAAAGCGGAAGCACUGAAAAUGGAGCAAGAAAAACGAACAAAUGAAAUGAUAGAGAGAAAGAAGCAAAGGAUUGAAGAGAUAAUGUUAAAAGUUGACGCUGAUAACAAGAUGCUGACGGCAAAGAUAUUUAAACUAUGGAAAGCCAACGCCGAUUAUAGGAAAAAAUUAAUAAACAGCAUAAACGCUACCACUACUACUAUCAAUAAUAAUAAUAAUAAUGAUAAAAUAAAUAAUAGUGAUGCAGAUGACGAUGAUGAUGAUAGAGUGAUUGAUGAAACUGAGGAACAACGUCCCCCAACGGCUAAGUAA